AUGAGCUCUCCCUUGGACUCCAUCCGCACAUCAGCAGCAACCACCCUCAAUAGUAAAUCAACCACGUCUGCCGCCACAACAAUCACCACCACCAGCAUAUCCACAGCAGUGUUGGCAGCUUCCGCCGAUGUCAACCCCAUACUUGUCAACACGUCACAUUCUGCACCCCCAGUCACCCCAGCACCGCCACCGCCUGUGGAUGAGUCGCUUUCCAUUGCUAAGAAGUUGUACGACGAAGAGUUUGUGUCGAUCGCUCCUGAAGAAUAUAUCCAGUUCCUUGCUGCUAACGACGACGAAUCGUCCCGGAUUAGAACUCACUACAUGAAUCUUUUCCAAUGGCCGUCCGAUUUGUUACAGUCUACCCGGAUGCUCUGUCUGAAAUUGUACUUGAAGGGCGAAUCACAAGAGAUUGACAGAAUCCUUUCAUCCUUCACGAAAUCAUACUUGAAACAACACCCCCAGAACGUGUUUGCAACCAGGAACUUUGAACAGAUUUACAUUAUUAUAUACUCGUUGAUCUUGUUAAAUACAGCUUUGCACAACCUGGAAGUCAACAAGAAAAGUAGAAUCAGCCAACAAGAUUUCAUCAAGGAUACAUUUGGGACAUUCAUUCAACAACUGCGCUCUAGAUCUUCCCUCACAGUCAAGCAACGGAUCAUUAUCGAACGUGAAUUGUCCAGGUACUACGACGAUCUUGCCAAGAAUGAGUUACAUUUGAAAACUACCACCAGCAAUUCCUCGGAACCCUCGUUGCAUCGCCGUACCAGCAAGCGGGAGACCUCGAGAUCAACCACUGAUAGCUCCCAUACUUCCCAUACUAGCUAUUCCACCGCUCUCUCACGCCAAAUAUCCAACUCGUCAGGCUCAAUCUGGUCGGUAGACACCAACUCAGUAGUGAAACGUAUUAACACGGGCACAUCCGAUAUUUCCAAUUUAAGUCAUCAACCAUUCUAUCGCCACAAGGAACGUGUCGGUCUCGCCCGGGCCUUGGCCACCGACAAGGAAAACCAACAGCGGAAAAUGUUAGGACAACACAGCCAUGCAUCGUUCACUUCGCAAACCACCACAACCACCACCAAUCGUCAUCAUAUACAAGUACGUCCAUCAAUGGAUGACUUGUUAUACCAACAGCCGGUCAACAAACGGAAAUCAUUUGCGUCGUUGCAAUCGCGAGAAUCCAAUGUUUCUGCUGCAAAUAUCGGCGAUGAUACUUUGUCAUUGUUAUCAUUUGAAACUGUAAGUUUGCAUGAAGACGAUGUAGAUGACACCAAUAACCACAUGGAUAAUUUCUUGGUGGACAAUUACGAAGAUGAUUACGACUUGACAUUGGAGCUUCAAGGAUCACCCUAUUUAAAAGAAGGGUUGUUGAAAUUGCGGAUUAUGAAUAAUGAACAGCAAGAUACUGCGUCCAUCACCUCAGAACAACAAAGUUAUACUGGUCGAUUCAAAUCGUUCUUUAAAAAGCCACGUGUUCCUAAACCACAAUCACAACCAUUGCUCCACCACAAGUUCGUGGAGAACUUUGUCGUUGUCUGCAAGGGUGAAUUAUCACUCUACUCGUUCGAUCCCAAGAUAAUCAAGAAGCAGAAAAAGAAGGAGAGACAGAUAGAUGACGACGAUGAUGAAAUCGGGGACGGGAACUGGUUAAAGAAUGCCGCCAAGAUUGGCAACUACAAUUUGUGUUCUACCCUUGCCCAAUUGGAAACUCCCGUGGUGUCGGCUGGUAAAAAGACAUAUCAAUGGUCAUUGACCUUCCCCGCCACUUCCAACAAGAAAGCGGCCAUGAAGUUCUUAUUCCAGGCUGGUACUAAAGAGAUUGCAUUAGAAUAUGUCAAUGCUUGUAAUUUCUGGGCCGCUAAGAUUACUGCUAUACCUACAUUAGAAGAAAGCGUAAGUUCGAUUGAAUAUGGGUGGACCAAUUUGGAAUACUUGAUUGCUCACUCGGACAUGUUCAAGAAGUCCAAGAAUAUCAUGAAAUGGGAACCAAUUGUCCAAGGAAUUUAUCUUUCCAAGUAUAUCAUCAACGAUGAAGAUCCAAACCAUUUAGGUAUGAUGAGACAGUUUAUGAAGACAUUAAAGUAUUACAACAAUUUGAAGAAGUUGUAUUUUGAGUUCCUUCAGAAGAAACACACGUUUGUCAAAGAGUUACCCAAGGCUACGUAUAACUGCAGCAACUAUUCACGAGUGCUUAGUAAUUACGCAAUUAAGAUUAAUCAGUACAAGGAUGAAAUCAAAAAGUACAAGAAUUACCUCAUUAUGCUUGGAUUUGGGUUACAAUUACGGUUUGACCUAGAAGACAAGGAUAAGGAAACCGAAGAAGAAAAAGUCAGUGAUUCGUCGGAAGCCAACGAAGCCACCCAGGUUGAAAGUGAAGAAGACCAAUUAACCACGGUGAUUAAAUCGGAAAUCAAAAAGAUGUUCUUGAGCAUCAAGGAUAUUGCGGGAGUCAUCCCCACUUUCGAAGCAUCGAAGUCGAUUUCCGACAUUGCCCAAUUACAAUUACGACAACAACAAGACCAAUUCCACAUGGUGAAGUCGCCUAAAACAUUCACCCUUUCCGAGCUACAGAAUUCGGAACUGGGCCACCACCACCAGCAGCUUCUGCAGUCGAUGAAACAUACUUAUCAGACCAUUGACGAGGAGCCAGAAGAGCCAGAAGAAGAAAUACAACCAAACGAAAAACCCAUGGUAUUUAUUGAGCAACCACAUCUCAAUGUUGUGUUAGAGAAGACGGAAGACAUAGAAACUGUGUCUGGUCCUCUUGUUGUGGUUUAA